AUGGCUGCAGAUCUCCGCCGGACGGCGACCGCGCUGGCGUCGAGGGGGCUCUUCGUCCCUCCGGUCUCCUGCUGGACACCCGCGAGCAGCAGGCAAGAACUUGCGUGGGCGAGUCUGGCGGACAUUCUGCGCAGAAGUGACAACUACUUCGCGAAGCUGAAUCUCUUCUCCUCGCUCCUCGUCCUGCCGAUCGGCGGCGCCGCGGAGCACCUGAAGCGCGGGCUGCUUCACAAGCUGCGGCGGCGGGAGCAGGAAGUCCGCCGGCGCAAAGCCGAGGGCGAGCAAAUACGCGCGCGGCAGACCGACGGGGGUGACGCCGCGCCAACUGACGCCCCGCUGGAAGGCAAAGCGCCGGAGCCGAAUCGAAAGGCAGCGACCCUGCUCGAAGGCCCAGGCACGCGAAGGAGGGCGCGGAGCUGCGAGGGCCCCGGUGACGAACCUGGAGCCAACCCUCGUGGAGACGCCUGGAGGGGGGUCGCCGGGAAGAAGACUCGACAGAGGAAAGCGACGGCCGUUGCACAGAGAUGUGGCGAGAGCGAGGAGCUCGCCAACCUGGAGAGAGGCAAACGCGAGAUCGAACAGACCAUCAACUCAGUGAACCACCCUGCUGCCACAGGAUUUGUUUUUCUCCUCUCUGAGUAUGUGGGCCCUGCGGACUUGGCGCCGACGCUGCCGCAGCCUUCUCGCCUCUUUCCGCGCGUCAUCUGUCCUGCACUCGACGCUUCUCUGUUCGCGCCUCCAGCGGGCGGCGAGCGCGCGAGGGAGAGGCGUGGGGCCUUCGGGCCGCCCUGCGCGGGCGCAGAGAAGAGACUGCGAGACUCGCCCUCGUCGUCCGCCGCGAAGAAGAAGGCGCCGGACGAAUGCGAGAGAGCGCGCGAAGACAGAGAGAGGGAGGAGGAAGAAGACGAACCGGAGGACGACAGGAAGAAAGAAGUGUUGGCGCGGCUCGUAGUCGCUGCGCCCGAGAGCCAGAUCCCCGACUGGGUCUGGAGACCCGUCGCUGGGGCGCUCGUUGUCUGUGAGAACGAAAACAACCGGGAAAUCUCCUUUCUCUUCUGUCGACCAUCUCUCGCCGCCGAAGCCCUCCAUCAGCUGGUUCGCGUCCUCUUGAUGCGAGUCGUCGCCCUGUCGCUCUGCUGGCGGCGGGCCUCGGAGCAGGGCUGGCGCGGCAAAGUUGGUCGGACCAAGUUCGUGACGUUGAAGGGCCUUUCGCUGCCGUUCUUUCCCGACGCAGCGACUGCCUUCUUGACCCGGCCCUGUGGUUUGGGGUUUGCGAAACACUUUGAAGUCUUUGGCGAGCACACGGACUCGGGGAGGGACGGCGCCUGCGUGUGCCACAGGCGGCUCGGAACACGCCUGCGGGCGCUCACGUCCGCGGGCGUGCCCCCGGGAGACCACGCGGGCGGCGGAGACGCCGGAGCAGCGGCCGGGAGGGCCGCCGGCCCUAGCAGGGGACGGGCGCGAAAAACGCCGGCAGAAGAGUGGCUGCCGCCGGAAGGGGACGAAGAGAGGGAGGCCGCCUGGAGACGACGCAGACCUGAGGAUUUCUUCUUCUACGGCAUCUCAGAGUCCCGAUUCCUCAGGAACUGGGAUGCAAACAACGCGCUCCUCAUCCCCGACGCCGUGCCUCUAUCCGUCCACUCUCUCGCACCCAGAGCCACGCUCACGCCUACUGGACAGCAGCUCGAUGAUAUGCCGCAUGCAUCACUGAUGAACCCGGCUCAGCCGGGCGUGGCAGUGGUGAGAGACUCUCGCAGGCAGCCCGAGGCGGGGGCUAGACACACGCUUUGCGGGAAGGGAUUCCCUCUGUAA